UUCGACAAACGUCAUCACUUUAUUGGGUAUCUGUGAAUUUCUCUCUCCAUAAGAGAUUAGGGUAUUCCAAUCCGUUGCAGGAAUCCACCCACCAUGAAGCUGCGGACGUUUGCGAGCAUGGCCACACCAGGGGUUACUUCGGCUCUUCCAGUGAAGGAAAUCCCAGGCUCCUAUGGCCUCCCCUUAGUUGGAGCUCUCGUCGACCGCUAUGAGUACUUCGAAGGCGCCGAGAACUUCUUCAAGACCCGCAUACAAAAAUACAAGAGCACUGUAUUUAAAGUAAACAUGCCGCCGGGUCCGCCCAUCGCAUCAGACUCCCGGGUCAUAAUGCUCCUCGACGCCAAGAGCUUCCCCACGCUCUUCGAUCUCACCAAAGUAGAAAAGAAAAACUUGCUCACCGGAUCCUACAUGCCGAGCCUCGAUUUCUUCGGCGGCUACAGGACAGGUGUCUACCAAGACCCAUCUGAGGAAAAACAUAGCAAACUCAAGGCCUUCUGCUUCGAGGUGCUCAAGAUGUCACGACCGAGGAUCUUUCCCGAAUUCGCCAGGACUUUUGACGAGCUCGUUGUGGAAGUAGAAAAAGCUUUCGAGAAAGAAGGGAAAGUAUCUUUCAGCUCCUACGCUGGUGCUUUUAUAUUCAAUUUCCUGUGUCGGGCUCUCAUCGGGGCUGAUCCAGUGGCUCCUGGCCCGUCCAGCUUGGGAACCAAAGGGCCUACGCUUGUUGAGGCCUGGCUCGCCCCGCAGCUCGCCCCACUUAUCAGUACGGGUGUUUUGCCCAGGAUUAUCGAGGAGAUCACAAUACACACCUUUAGAAUCCCCUUCUUUUUCGUGUCUGGGGAGUAUAAGAAGAUCUAUGAAUUUAUCGACAUCCGCGGGUCUGCCCUUCUGGAUGUGGCGCAAAAGGACAUGGGUCUUCCAAGAAACGAGGCCUGCCACGACCUCAUCUUCAACAUCGGCUUCAAUGCCUUCGGUGGAAUGCUCAUCUUUUUCCCCAGUAUUGUCAACUACAUUGGCAAGGUGGGGGGGAAAUGGCAGAGUGAGAUUGUCAAAGAAGUGCGCGGAUCAGUUGAGGCAAACGGAGGGCUGAAUAUGAAGGCGUUGGAGUCGAUGCCGCUAGUGCGCUCCGUGGUCUAUGAAGCGCUUAGGAUGAACCCACCUGUGGCGUUGCAGUAUGGGCGAGCGAAGAGGGACUUUGUGGUGGAGUCAUACGACGCGCAGUAUGAGGUAAAGAAAGGAGAGAUGCUUGGUGGGUAUCAGCCUCUGGCCACAAAGGAUUCUCAUGUUUUUUCCAAUCCAGAGGAGUUUGUCCCUGGGAGGUUUCUUGGAGAGGACGGGGAAAAGCUGUUGGAGUAUGUACUAUGGUCUAACGGGCGGGAAACGGAUGAGACCACGGUUAACAAUAAACAGUGCGCAGGGAAGGAUUUUGUUCCCAUGGUCGCCGGGCUUUUUGUGGCUCAUCUCUUUCUUCGUUAUGAUUCUUUCGCCGUAGAUCAGUCAUCCUCUUCCGCUGUCUUUACACAACUCACCAAGGCUUCUUAAACGAGGACCUAAUCAUGCUUUUGCAUAUGCUUGUAUUAGUUGUGGCUCAUGGUGUCAUUCAAAGCUGAAUAAGAUGGCAAUCUACAAUCUGCCCUUUUGCGUA